AAACCCGAAACGGGCUGCCACCGAUCCGAAAACGAAAGCAGCGCCGUGCACGCGGUCAACUUCCACCACGAGAAACCGCGUGGCGCUGGGGCUUUAUCGGAGGCGCAUCAAUCCGCACUUUACAACAGUUUCGACUCGCUCGAAAAGCGCGGCCUCACCGACAGGAAAGCCGGCGUGCGGCUAGCCGCUGCGCGGAUUUCGCGCGCCGCGCUUCGAUUGACGAGAAAAAAAGAGGAGGAAGAGGAACGGCCCAGAAGAGCGGAGAGGGUUAGCGCGUGGGUGAGAGAGGAGCCCCCGGUGGCUGGCGAGGCGGGCUUGACGGCACUGCAGCAAGCCGCGGGUUCUGUCAAAGAUGGCGGAGGGCGAUGCGUCGUUCGGCGGAAAUGCGGACCUCGGCGAGAUCGACCUCACGUGGACGGACAAGCUGCGGAAGAUGGUCUCCAGUGACGCCGAAUGGGAGGCCAUCAUCCUGAAGAAGAUGGAGGAGAAGAGGAACCGAGAGAUGGGCAUCGAGACACAAGAGGAGCAGCCAUCGGUGCUGGCCUCUGUGGGUGGCCUCUUCAGCAAGAUCAAGUCUUACAUCCCGACACGCAAGGGUGGCGCCGACUUCACCACCGGUGCUGGAGCGCAGGGAGGGCCCAACACAGACAACCAGACUGCCGUCGACGGCAGCAGAGAGGUCAUGGAAUCCCAGUAGAACCGUGCGCCAGGGCUCUUGAGGCCGCAUUCCACGAAGACCCUCCCUCCAGCACCGUUCCUUUGCUUGGCUCGUGGCGGUAACCAGCGACUGGCAGCAGCCGUUCGUCUCAGCAUGCCGGCUGCUGACCCGGCGGCUGACACCGUGCACCGUCGGUUAUGCAGCGCGGACGGCAAGUGGAUGAGGAUGAAGCGUAUUCCUUGAACACAGGAUCUGGCCAGUGUAUUGUUCUUUUCACUCUUGUUCCAAUCAGGCUCGGAGUUUUGUUUGCAGGUGCAAUUCGCGGUUGAGCAUUUGACCACUGUAGGAAAAGGAGGAAUUUACUAACGCUUUUUUUUUUUUCAUGAAAUACUUGUUCCGGACGCACGAGUGUGACUUUAGUCUUGCGAAGGUGUCACAUUUUCUUUUCCUGUUUUGUGUUCUCUUUCUAACGCAGAUGUUUUAAUUCGUUUUAUGUUGUUGCAUAAAUUUAAGAUUAUUGCAAUGCAGAACCCGUGUGGAGUAUGCUCAUAAUGUCGACAGCGGAAGCUAAUAGUUGAAUAUUGCCGUAGCAGACAGCAAAACAUUUAAGCAUAUGCUACAGAGGACGAGUAAACAGCGCCAUAUUGGUUUAUUUCGACCAGUCCCAGAUUUCCAAAAAUGCACACAAGUAAAACUAGUUCAAAUGAAUGUUGUUCUGCAGGCCUUACAGAUUAAGUGCUUGACGAAGGUCGCAAAGGUGAAUGGCACCGGGAUUGACCACAGCCGUUGCUAUGAAAGAUCAUGUGCUCCAGUCUUGUUUCAUACGGAUGCAACUCUAGAAGUCCUGUAAAAUGUGUCUAAGUGUCACCAAAAGACAAUCCUCAUUCUGGCAAGUUAGUUCUGUGCACAUUGUCAGCAUACAACGAGCAAGACUUAAAGAAAGAUGUAAUAACCAACGCUAAAGACGGCCUGUGCUAUCUUUAAUACUGCCACAUUCAGAAGGCCAACUUUGUUUUUUAUCCACAGCCACAAUAUGUUGUCCAGGUGUGACCCACAUUAUGGAGGUUAUGUUUAUUUACUGCAAAUGUGUGUAGUGUAUUUUUGUCUGUGAAUAUCAUUUGCAACCAACUAUGCCAGCGCAUAAGCUUAUAUAGAGCUUAUAUGGUAGCUUGCUUGCAGUCAUACAAGCCAGUCUCAUGUGAUUGUUUUCUUUGUUUUCUUUUCGAUAACGACUGUUUCAGAUUUGAGGAACUCUGUGUAGAUAUGGUUGUGAACUUUCAUGGAAAUACACUGUGAUGUUUGAGAUUCUAUUUCCAUUUAUGUGGCGUACUAUGGCUGAGUUUAGUUAAUAUGAACUGGCCCUUUCUGAUGAACUGUUAGUAAGUGCCCCUGUAGGUCUAUAUAGUUAUGAGGAUAAAGUAGCAGUGAAUAAAAUAGACAAUAGACAUUCUCAUAAAGGGUGAACUUUUAUGCUGAUGCACUCAACUUUCACAGGCAAUGGUGUGUCCUCAAGAAGCGUAAGAUUGCAUGCAAGAAGUGCCUGAGCAGAUUGAUCAUGUAAGAAUUAUGUUGGACGCAGCAACUGAUGUAACUUUACAUUUCAUUAAGCAAAUAGUGCUGUAGAGAAAUGUUUUUUUUUUUUUUCCAUAGCAGUGCAGAAAUCUGUUAAUUGCAUGUUGUGUGUCAUUUCCUUUAGUAACCGAUCCAGCCAUGAGCUUUGUAAUCAGUUAUCUGCAGCACUGUCUGCCUGCUAAAUUACCUAUACAAUGUAUUAUUUACAAUAUGAGUACCUAGUCACCUAUAAUGCAUAUCAACUCUUUGUUUGUCCUCCUUUUGCUUAGGCUGUAGCAUGUACAAGUGAGAGUGAUAAAACCGGGUGAUGGGAUAGUUUUUGGAGCACAAAAUCCUACUGUAUUUUCGCAGCAUAGGUGACACAGGGAUGAGAAAUAAAUAUGAACACCGACUUUGAACAACCACAUAGCUAUUUAUGGAGAGCAAUCGCAGACUUUCAUAAAGUUGAAGGCCAUUGCUUGUAGUUGCAUGCCAGGUCUGCUAGCAGAACAAUUCUAAGUCAGCAUCCAGAGAUUGCUAAGUGAGAUUACUGAAGCUGCAGAGAUAGCAAGGCAACAAUAGCUGAGUGCCUAUGCAUUCCAUCAAUCACACUGGCUAGUAAGAAAUCUAUGCUUUCAUGUGCAGGAUCUUGGUCAUGUCCCGCUUAUGCUUCACACAAUAAUAAUGUUCAGACGUCUUUCACUACAUGGUGCUUCGCAAAUGUUAUUUAAUCGCUCUUGCCCUGUAAACAGCUUCAGUCUGUGAAGGUCAUGUGGUUGCUCUCCCUAUAUCAGUAUGUGACUGUUAUGAAAUAAAGGUUGUUGAUAGUCGGAGCUCCCAUUGUCUGUUUUUCUAGCCCAUGUUUGUGUCACUGUGAAAAGUGCUGUAAGAAUUACCAUCAAGCCCACCUUCACAUGUUACACAAAAUCCUAAAUUCAUUAUGCAAAAUCCCUGAUGCAAGAUGUGUAGGGCUGACACAGUAAGCCUUCAACUGCCUAAAAGAGGACUGAAACUUUCAUGCUGUGAUGGAGUAUCUGAUGCAGCUGUCGUUUCUGGAAACGCUAACUCCAUGUGUUUUACUACAUGUAUACCAGUUACAGAUGUAUUUCUUGGAAUAGUACCUGUCCUGUAGCUAUUGUACUCUUGACAGCAAACAAUGUUGUCUCCUAGAAACACUCUUUCUCAUGACGAGUCUGUGCUGCUGCUCUUCUGUAUCAAGUGGUGACACUGAAGUUAGCAAUGUCUGUCCAUACUCUCAACGAAGAAUACUUAACUUUUAUCAAGUGUAUAAUGGUGAGCAUCAACUACAGCACAGUCAGUAGUCAGGGUUUUAGACUAGAAGCAAAGAAAGAACUGGUGGUGCUGAUGUCUCUGUGUAUCUAGACAUCUAAGCAGAGUGCUUCAUACAAGUUUACUAUUAGUGGUGCAGCCUAUUUUCAAUAGAAGACUCAAAUACUAGUCAUGUUUCUUGUUCCUUGCCUUAAUCGUUGACAUCUAUGAGUGUGACUAGUGCUCUCUGUAUUAUAACAAAGGGUACUUCUCGUGAAAUAGAUUUAUGCAUCUCGUUCUUUCAUAAAUGUCUGUGCUACAUUCUCCUUGGGAUGUAUUUAGCAGCAUUGUUUUAUUUCAAUAAAAAACUAUGUGACGUUAACA